CCCGUGAAAUGGCGUCAGCGGGCGCUAACUGUGCUGAGAAAGAAUUUGGUGUAAGUGGAAAAUGGCAGGCUCUGGUUGGCCCAACUGCCCCUGUUUUGCGUGUUGAAACUCGAGCUCUGAUAAAGACGGACUCGAACAUGCCACCACGCGGGAAAAAAAAGAAUAUCAGCGGAGAUGUGGGUAUCGUGUUCUCGAGGGCUUUGGAAGAGUCAUGGGGUGAGGUAUAUAGAUUAUUCAUCGUGUCUUCAAAGGUUAAAUUUCUCACCCCAGUGCCAUUCAUCCCAUGUUUUCCUUUCUCAUCUUCAAUCCAUCUAUCCGUUCAUCCACUCUCUCUCCACGCUCAUGAGGUGACCCAGUGGGAUAUAUUAUUAACACCAAUUUCGACCACAACCACCAUUCACAAAAACAAUGGCAUCUUUAUCAUCACAACCACACACAAUGACACCUCGGCCAUCCCCAACCGCCCUCUUGACAGCCCAACACUGCACGAGUCAUGUCCACCUCAUCAUCGGCUCGAACCCUCUGGCCGCAGCACGCGCUUCCUCCUCCCUCGCAGCGGGCGCAAAACCAAUCCUCAUCUCACCCUUACCAUCAUCCUCCCCUUUACCACAAGAGGAUAACCAAGAACAACAACCCCAACCUCAACCUCAACAACAACUCCACUACAGCCUAACCGCCCUCAUAACCUCCGGCGCCCUCUCCCACAUCGCCCGAGACUUCCAACCCUCCGACCUCUUCACCCACGGCCGUCCCGAAGUCGACCACGUCGUCGACGCCGUCUUCAUCACCACCCCACCCUCCGCCAGCACCACCACCAGCACCACCACCCCUCCUCCCUCCCUAGACAACCCCCCCACAACCACAACCACAACAACCACCACCACCACCACCCCCACCCCCCCAAACCCAACCACAAUCUCCACCCUCUGCAAACGCAACCGCAUCCCCAUCAACGCCGUCGACUCCCCCAACCUCAGCUCCUUCAGCCUGCUGAGCGUGCACGCCGACGGGCCCCUGCAGAUCGGCGUCACUACCAACGGGCGCGGCUGCAAGCUGGCGGGCCGCAUCCGCAGGGAGGUGGCGGCGGGCUUGCCGGUGGGGCUGGGGGAUGCGGUGGAGAGGUUGGGGGGGUUGCGGAGAAGGUUGCCGGCGGGGUUGAAUCGGUUGGUGCUGGAGGGGGAUGCGGAGGCGGCGAGGACGAGAAGGAUGAGGUGGCUGGCGCAGAUGUGUGAGUAUUGGCCGCUGAGGAGGUUGGCCGAGGUCAGUGAUGAGGAUGUGGAGGCGAUUCUGAAGUCGUACCCCGGCGGUUCCGAGGGGACGGGGGGUGGGCCGGUUAAGCUGAACGGGGGGAGGGUGCCGCCCGGGCGGGUUAUUCUUGCUGGCAGCGGACCUGGGCACCCGGAUCUGCUCACCCGCGCUACGUACAAGGCGAUCCAGACGGCCGACCUUAUUCUGGCGGACAAGCUCGUGCCUGCAGGCGUGAUGGACCUCAUCCCGCGGCGCACGCCCGUCUCCAUCGCGCGCAAGUUCCCCGGCAACGCGGACCGCGCACAAGAAGAAUUCCUCCUGCAGGCGCUUGACGGCGUGCGCGCCGGGAGAACGGUCGUCCGCCUCAAGCAGGGCGACCCCUACAUCUACGGCCGCGGCGGGGAGGAGCUCGCCUUCUUCCGCGAGCAUGGGCUGGGCGACCGCGUGGUUGUCCUUCCGGGCAUCACCAGCAGCCUCAGCGCGCCGCUGUUCGCGGGGAUCCCGCCGACGCAGCGGGACGUGGCGGAUCAGGUCUUGGUGUGCACAGGGACAGGCAAGGCGGGCAAGGCGCCGCAGCCGCCUGAGUUUGUGGAGAGCAGGACGGUGGUGUUUCUUAUGGCGCUGCAUCGCAUUGGCGGGUUGGUGGCCGAGUUGACGGCGUAUACCGCGGAGGAGCAGGGGGCCGACCAGGAAGGGGAAACAGAGUCACCGGAGCGGCAAGAACGGAAGAGGAGGGCGCUCUGGCCGCUCAACACGCCCUGUGCCGUCAUCGAGCGGGCGAGCUGCCCGGACCAACGCGUCAUCAGGACGACGCUGAGGUUUGUGGUUGAGGCCAUCGAGCAGGAGGGGAGUCGACCGCCCGGGUUGCUGGUUGUGGGUCGUGCUUGUGAGGCGUUGUACACACCGGAGAAGGGACGGUCAUGGGCUGUCGAGGAUGGGUUUAAGGGGAUAGAUCUGGAUGUAGAGGGCAGCUUUGCGGCUGGCGGGUUUGGGAUUGCAGGAAUGGCGUAAAUUGGUGGGAAUUGUUUGCUAGAUACAUGUACAUAUGGAACUGGUGUUAGGAAUGUUUGCCCAAAAGGCCCCUAUUUCCAUGGCCGAGUUAUCUUCGAAACACUUGCUCAAUGUAGCAGGUAAUGGAACAUGUAAUAACUCCCAGAACUAUCUCAGACGCGCGGCUUGGGGUAUGACCGGAACACUGACAUUAGGAUUACCAUACCGCCCGGCCCCGUUCUAUCAUCUACACCUGCAGGAGCACACCUUGCUUCCGGAGUCCGCCAGGUGAAGGCCGCAGGAAAGCAGAAC